UUCAUAAAUCAUUCAUUGUUAUAGAUAAUCUUUAAGUGCAUUGUAAAUAGCAAAGAAUUUGACGCUGCAUAAAUCACCAUUCCAGCCGCACAAUUAGCAUUCCAGUUCAACGUAAUUUCAACAAAAAUUACAUGAGCAACCAUGACGCGGACCAGCAGCAACAACAACAACAGCGUUUUACAUAGCUGCUAUUUUUGCCUGGCGAUUUGCAUCCUCUUCAAUCUGGUUACGUCUGCAGCGGUGACUGAGAAUCAAAGUGCUCAACGCUAUGUGCAAUAUGUCGGCAACGGUAACAAUGAACGGCUUCAGCAAAUGCUGAAAGGUGUUGGAGCAGCUGAAAUCAAUUGGCCUCAAGGCGCCAAGCAAGAAGUGACAGAUGUGAAGACUGAGCUAGCCAAACUUAAUACGACAUAUGUUUACCAGAACGCCUGGCCGGCAAAUAGUGUCAAAUUGGGCGCUGUUACUGCGGUUAGUUUCGACCGGGCUGGUAAUGUGGUCAUAUUCCACAGAGUGGAUCGCAUCUGGAAUCAGAUGACAUUCGACCGUUCAAAUGUGUACCAGGAGCGUAACAGGGGUGCCAUUAUGGAUAACACUGUGCUGGGCCUCGAGCCUGAGACUGGCAAGGUGCUGUACGAAUGGGGUAAAAACAUCUUUUACAUGCCCCACGGCUUGAGCAUCGAUCCCGAGGAUAAUGUGUGGGUGACCGAUGUCGCCUUGCAUCAGGUAUUCAAAUUCCCACCGCGUGGCGAAGGCGGCAAACCACUGCUGACACUAGGUAAUGCCUUUCAUCCAGGCGUUGGCAAAAAUAAGUUCUGCAAACCCACCGCAGUGGCUGUGCUUAACAACGGUGAUUUCUUUGUCGCCGACGGCUAUUGCAAUGCACGCAUUUUGAAAUACUCCAAGGAGGGCAAACAGAUACUUUCCUGGGGACAGAAUUCGUUUGCUGGUCGCUCUUAUGACGUUGCACUCCCCAAUUUCUUCGCAAUACCACAUGCUCUUACCCUGGUGCCUGAACUGGAUCUGCUGUGCGCCGCCGAUCGUGAGAAUGGACGCGUGCAGUGCUUUCUUUCAAACAAUGGCUCCUUUCACUCGCAAUACCAUAAUCAGCUCAUUGGUGAUCGUCUGUUCAGCAUGGCAUACACGCCAGCUGCUGGUGGUCAGCUGGUGAUUGUGAAUGGCCCCACCGCCGAAAUGGGUAUAGCACCACAACACUACAACGAAGUGCAUGGCUUUGUGAUGAGCAUGCGCACCCGCCAACUUGUAUCUAAGUUCGGCCCGAAUAAUCUACAAUUUGAGAAUCCACACGAUGUGGCAGUCACCGAAGAUGGCAAUGCAAUCUAUGUCGCUGAACUGAAUCCGAUGCGCAUACACAAAUUUCUGCAUAAAUCGCUGGCCAAGCCAAUGUCAUUGUCCGCGUCGAAGGUUGAUGCAGCAGCCCCUCUGCCAAUGGUGUCUGAAGCGUCUGCCAGUGUGGAUGCGACACAGACACAUCACCAUCCCAGCGGCAAGGCCAUAUUGGUGGCAUCGCUCAUGCUGGUCUUUGCCGGCUCCACAUUUGCACUGGCGCUGAUUAUGGCGCAUCGACGCAAACGAGGUAAUCGAGCGAUCAGCGCAACGCCGCCUAGCGAUUUGGUCUAUCGAAAGCUGGCCGCGUCCAAUCAAAGUUGCCUGCUAUUUGGUACACACAAUCGCCGGCAUGCCUGGGAGAAGACCGAGGGCUUCAAGCUGGGCGGCCUGAUCGAUCGUAAUGGGUUCGAGAAGCUUGAUCAGAAUGCCAGCGAUGAGGAGCAGGAACAGGAGACGACAACGAUCUCGCAGUAUGCCUAGGCGCUAGCCACACACACCUGGACCAAGAGACUUAUCUAUUUUGUAAAGCCAACAGAGCUAACAUUCCUAGUUAUAGUUCGAAAUACCUCUGUGAAUUUUACUUACGUUUUACGAUUUUAUUUAUUUUUAUUUUUUAUACUUUACUAAUGUGACUAUGUGCAUUCUAUUUCUGACCAUUCCACAUCGUCUACGGUUGCCAUAUUUAAGACAAUUGCUUUAAGUACACAAUAUAUACAUAUUUAUGUGCA